CCGCUCCCCAGUCCUGCUCGCAAGCAUGGCGGCGUCGCUGGUCAGGUUUGUCCGUGGAGGUCUGGGAAGGAGCUUUAAUAUUGCCAGGAGCUCGUGUCUCCUCCAGCAGCAGAUCAGAUCAGAGAGCUCCACCACCGACACCAGCCCCACCGUCAGGCCCAAGGAUGCCGUCACCCACAACCAGCUGGCAGCGUUUGGAGAAUAUGUGGCAGAAAUGAUGCCCAAAUACAUUCAGCAAGUUCAGGUGACUUGUUAUAAUGAGCUGGAUGUGAUGAUCCAUCCGGACGGCGUGAUCCCCGUGCUGACCUUCCUGAGGGACCACACCAACGCGCAGUACAGGAACAUGAUAGACCAGACAGCCGUGGACAUCCCUACACGACAGAACCGCUUCGAGAUUGUGUACCACCUGAUGUCGCUGCGCUUCAACUCCCGUAUUCGUGUGAAGACGUACACAGACGAGCUGACGCCUGUGGACUCUGCGGUCCCCGUCUUCUUUGCGUCCAACUGGUACGAGAGGGAGGUGUGGGACAUGUACGGGGUAUUCUUCGCCAACCACCCAGACCUGAGGCGUAUUCUGACGGACUACGGCUUCGAGGGUCACCCCUUCAGGAAGGACUUCCCUCUGUCAGGAUACGUAGAGGUGCGUUAUGAUGAUGAGCUGAAGCGCGUGGUGGCCGAGCCUGUGGAGCUGUCGCAGGAGUUCAGGAAGUUUGACCUGAACACGCCCUGGGAGGUGUUCCCUGCAUACAGAGAUCCCAAAGAGCCCGCCCCCAAACUGGAGGCCGGGGACACGGCCCCGGAGAAGAAGUGAUGUCCCUCCGUUGAGUUCACACGGGCUUCAUCGCCACGUCCUGUCUAUUCACGUUCUGGUUCUCCAGCCCCUCCACAACCCCAACUGAGAUAUUUAUGUAAAUAAAAAUGCUAAUAAAACUGUAAACAGUU